AUGAAGCUUGAGGCAGUUCCAGGAGCUCCCCAAGAUGGGGAUAUGGAGUUUGUGUUGGCCACUGAAAAAGAGUUUGAGGAAGUCGUGUCUAUGUCUCAUGGAAUAUACGGGGGUCUGGAUUAUCUGCCAAGUCGCUAUCACAGCUGGAUUAGUGAGAAGGAUAGGAUGGUGGUACUAGCCAAGAAGGGAGGAGAUGUGAUUGGUCUUCUCUCAAUGUUUAUUGUGGAUGGUGGAGAGACGGCUCUCCUUGAGGGUCUUCGUGUGGCUCCUUGGGAACGUGGGAGAGGUGUGGCUGGGGUACUGCAAAGGUUUUGCUGCCAGCUCGUUAAGCACAGAUACCCAAGUGUAAAAGUAAUGAGGCUGACAAGAGAUGACAAGCUGAAUGCCAAGGAGUUAAGCAAAUACAGAGUGAUUGCAACACAGGGGAUCCUCCUGGUUAGUUUCAACGCUCCUGAGCUUUCAUCCCGUCUUGCUUCAAUCCCUGUACCUUCUGUUGGACCUUCUCAGACAUCGUCUUCUGUUCUACUGACCCCUGAUGAGGUCAGAGCAGUGUUUCUGGAGCGAGGUGGUCUACUCCAAGAUCUCCUUCCUAAUCAGACCCUCAUUCAGGACUGGCAACCUUUCCAGGCUUUGCCUGGUAACCACGAUUUGCUCCGGCGCAAAUCCCUUCGUUGGAUGGCAGAUGAUCCAACGCUCCCCCGGGUAGCUUCACUCUGCACAGCCCCCUUCCCUAUUCCGGCUGGGCCCCUCUGCUUCUACCUCAACAUCGACAUCUUUGGAUCAGAGCUACAAGGAGCACAAGAGCAGCUGAUGUCCCAUCUGAGCGCACAUAUUCCUUCUCUUCCAGGGGAAGUUAGAUGUCAGCUCUUCCUGCCCCCUACCAUGUGGAGGCCUAUGGCUGAUUUCUGCACUGCUGUGCUGGGCCUGCAGCUGGAGAAAGGUUAUACAGAGCAAUACCUCCUUGAAUCUGAUAUUUAA